AUGAAGAAGGGCAAUCACACAGUGACCGAGUUCAUCCUGCUGGGCUUCACGUCAGACCCUGCUAUGCAGCUCAUUCUCUUUGUGCUAUUUCUUGCAGUGUACUUUAUUACUGAGGUGGGAAAUACCACCCUCAUCGUGCUGAUCUGUAGAGAUGCCCGGCUCCACACACCCAUGUACUUUUUCAUUGGAAAUCUGUCCUUCCUGGAUCUGUGGCUGUCCAUGGUCUACACCCCAAAGAUCCUAGUGACCUGCAUCUCUGAGGACAAAAGCAUCUCCUUUGCGGGCUGUGUGGCCCAGUUCUUCUUCUCUGCUGGAUUGGACUAUACUGAGUGCUACCUGCUGGCUGCCAUGGCCUAUGACCGCUAUGUGGCCAUCACAAAACCACUGCUUUAUACCCAGGCCAUCUCCAUAAAGCUGUGCACAGUUUUGGUAGCAACCUGUUACCUUGGAGGCUUUACUAACUCUUCCAUAAUAACCAAGAAGACCUUUUCCUUUGAUUUCUGCAAAGACAAUGUCAUUGAUGACUUCUUUUGUGACCUGCUUCCCCUAGUGAAGUUGGCCUGUGGCAAGCUGGAGGGCACCCAGUCUCUGAUGUACUUCCUGUUGACUUCCAAUGUCAUUGUCCCCCUUGCUCUCAUCUUGGCCUCCUACUUCUUUAUAAUCACUGCCAUCUUGAGGAUCCGAUCUUCCCAGGGCUGCCUCAAGGCUUUCUCCACAUGCUCUUCCCACCUCAUCUCUGUCACCCUAUACUAUGGUUCAGUCUUGUACGUCUACUCUGACUCUGAAUCCAGCUAUCCUGGGAACAAAAUUGCUUCCAUCUUUUAUACAGUGGUAUUUCCCAUGCUGAAUCCUGUGACAUACAGGUUGAGAAAUAAGGAUGUGAAAGAGGCUCUGCAUAAACUCAUCAAUUAA